AUGAAUGGUUACAAAACACGAUCUCCACACGAGCAUUCUAAUCAUCAUUCAAGCGAACCCACUUCAAUGACAACCUGCUACGAGAAUACGGCAAAUUCCGAGAUUCCAUACAACCAUUCAUCGGGAUCUUACAAUGUGCUCCAACCUUUCAAUUCUUAUCCACCCUCUUAUUUCGAGCCCCAGGCUUCCAUGACCCUUCAGCCACCAGAAAUGAAUCCAAUUCCUCCUCUACGCCAUGACCAGCAGCAUCAUUUCAACCAGUACUCUCUCCGGCACCCGGGAUACAUGGGUCCAUCUGGGUAUCCUCCUCCCGAAGCACCACGCUUCACCACGUCGACGAACGGCGGCGGAUUCACAGAAAGCGAGGUGGAAAGCCAGGACUCAAUAAAUGAGACUACCAUGCUCUCUGAGCCUAUCAGUCCGCCAUUAGAUGGCUUCCCGCAUGUCGAGGAGUUUAACAAACUAAUGGAAAGCUAUGUCAAUGAUCUUUCGGUAAAAAAACAGGAUAAGGCGUUGAUUAAUGCCCGAAGAGCUCGGAAUAUUCGAAAGGUUCUGACGGAUCCGAAGGAUACUGCUGUUGGGUCGGCUCAAUUUAGAUUCUGGGUGAAAAAGAUGUUUAAGCUCGAGCCGGCAGAUAGUCGUCUUCCCAUGGCCAGAAAGUGGAUAUGUCAUGAGGGCAAACCAGUUGCAAUUCGAGAGAAAUUAUUCAAGAUAUUGACGCGAGCACAUCAACAGUGCCAACACGGAGGUCGUGAUAAGACGUCGAGUCAAGUACGCCAAAUAUAUUCAUGGGUACCAAAGGAGCUCAUUUCUCGCUUCGUCAAGAUAUGCCCGACAUGUCAGGUACGUCGUGGAGGAGCACACCUCUCACCUCCAGAUUCAAGACGAAACUCGCCCCCCAUGGAACUCAGCAGAGCCCAGCAACAGCAACAGCAACAAUCUCCAUUAGCAUACAUGAGAGUACAACCAACAAGUCCAAUAUCUAUUUAUGAUGAAUACCGCCGCAACUCCUCUUCAUCAUAUGUCUAUUCCGAUAGAAGCCGGGAAUCAGCAACAUGGGCGUAUCCAUCUCCUGGCUCACGCAACGGUGAAAUGACAUAUAAUGCUGCUUCUGCUUCUCACCCUCAUGCUCAACCGCACCAUCAUCAUCAUCAGCACCAUCAGCACCAGCAUCGCCAGCAUCAUGCGGAUAGUGGUGGCAGCAGCAGCAGCAAUGGAAGACACCUUUCCUCUUCAUCCACGUCUUCCAGUCACACCAUGAAACGCUCCAACAUGCACGUCGAUGCAAGCUUGCCUCCUUCUCCAGCUUCGGAGCAGAGUUCUCCAUCUCAGACUCUGUCGCAGUCACAGUAUGGUUACAUGCCCGGAGCUCAUGCAAAUAGUCGAUAUCGAUCUGGAUAUUGA